GUAACGACAUGUUUUGUAUGCAAAGCUUUCAAGGUUCUAAUUAUUAGUUGACUUCACUAUUCACAUUGCCUUCAACAUACAUUAGCCAUGGAAAUGCGUUCAUUUUCUAAUUAAUUGUUAUGAAAAAAUCGUAAAAGUAAUCGGCCGUUCGGAGAAAAUAUUGUAUGGGGCAAUAAAAAUGGAUGUAAUAAGUGAAAUUAAUGAAAAAUAUUCCGCUUUGGAGGCUGAAAUCGAUAGGAGAUUGGAGAAAAUUAAAACGGAGGAAAACAAAUUGGAAAGAUUACAAGAGCAAAGAUCGCAUAAAUCUUCGAUACAAACAACUAAAGCUCUCUCAUACGAAGAAUCAAUUUUGAGAAAUACCAAUUUACUUAAGUCAUUGGAUAUAGCAAAAGCGCGUUUACGUUCACGAUCUACUUUCUCGCCAGUUGAACAAAUACUGGAAAAGGCCAUUGAAAAUUAUAAACGGGACUUGGAGACGUCACAACAAUUAUCGUCACGCUUCAAGCAAGUGAAAAUCUAUGAAACGUCACCAGUCACAGACUCUGCUAAAGGUGUUGGCGGCCAAGAGUAGUUGAGUAAAAGAGAGAGAGACAAACAUUUGGACUGGAAAAAAUACAUUUUCAAGUUUAAUAUUUAUAUACUCGCAUAAA